AUGUAUAUCCCCUCUGGGUUCCCAGCCUUUAGUAAACUUCUGCAAUCUCAGCCCAGCCUUCGUUCCCGGGCAGUCAAAGAGGAGGCCUCUAUUGAGGACAACCCUGGCACGACCCUCGCCCGGCCACAAAGCAGGAAAAGGCAGUGCAGUAACAACGUGACAGAAAAGCCUCCAGCAAAGGCCGCUCGCUGGUUGAACUGCGCGGCUGUCCGCCAGAACUUCGAAGAAGCGGAAGAGAAGCACCACCAGCUCAAGCAGAAGAAAGAAGCGAUAGAUAGCGUCAGCGACUCAGCUCUCUCGCAAUUACAAGCAUACUCCAUCGGCAGAAUGUACAUACUACGGACAGUCGCAGCCAAUAUCGGCGAUGAAAUCAUCGAUAUGAGCCACAACGCUAUUCAAAACUUUUUGGCCAAGGAGCAUGAGAUUCAAGAGCUUGCUGCUGAGCUGGCGCAUGAAAGAGACACGCUAGGCAAGGAUUUGCAGCGCGCUUGCGAUGCUGAGCUGAAGCAAGUUGAGGACAAGGUUGAAAGGUUGAGGGAGGGGAACAGAGUUCUUCCAGCAGUUUUAAGGCCAUAA